AGCAUUUGUUAUCAUUGGCAGUGAUUCGUGGAAUGAACCAAUGAGAGUAACGGGACUGGAUCAAGUAAAUGUUUGUUCUGCAUUUGCAUCCGGUGUCAUUUCUGCGGCCAUUGGAGAUGAUGGUUCUCUGUGGGUUUGGGGAAAGUCAAAGCGUGGCCAACUUGGUCUGGGAGAGCUAGUCAUGGAGGCUGUGGAGUUGAAGCACUUGCUGGAGAGAAAAUAACUACCAACCGUGGAUGUAAGGGAUGACAGCGAUCGACGGCUUGGGAGUGAUGACCGGCACUUCCAGUUCGGAAAUCCCAAAACUGGGUAAGUUGAACAGUUUCGGAGGAAGACGGAGGCAAUCGAAACAAAAACAAAAACAGGAGGGUAGAAUCCUUUUCGAUUAGAAUUUUAUGAUCUGAGUUGUAAUUGCUUGUUUGAUGAUUGAUUACAGUAUCUGGGUGUUGAGUUGAUUCAUUUGGUGAUCAUGAAUUGGUGAAUAUCUUGUCUGAUCACUAUGAUGUUCAGAGUGCUAACACCAUUGAGGGAAAGCGUGUGGUUCACUCGUUCAAGAACUACACCAAGCUCGAAAAUGUGGGAGCUGAGCAUUACUACUGUAGAUUUGAGUACAAGGCUGCUACUGGGGCUUUUACUCCUGAUAAGAGUUGCUAUGUAUUGCAAGUCUGAGAUGCCGGAUGACCUCAUGGUGCAGUGUGAGGAGUGCAAAGACUGGUGGACCCUAAGUACCGAAAGAAAUUACUUAAAUUGCAAGAGGCGAUACAAAAUGCAGUGCUGUUGUUUGUGUUCUUGCUGGUGCUCUUGGAUUGCUAUCAUGUGGUAUGUGGAUUUGGAGUAGAAUUUCCGGAGGGUUUCAGGACUUGUUAUCCAGGAGAUUAGGCUUGUAU